GUAUCGGAGAACAUCUGCGUUCAGGCUGAAGAGCACAUACACUCGUCGGAGAUCAUACUUACGCUGGGACACUCGCGCAGCGUGGAGAAUUUCCUUAAGCGAGCCAUCAAGAAGCGUCAGUUCCCCACCAUCAUUGUGGCGGAAUGUGCGCCCGCCUGUCGUGGUCACAAUCUGGCUACCAGCUUGGCUGCGGAGAAGGAUGUGGAGAUUAUUGUCAUCCCAGAUGCGGCCAUUUUUGCCAUGAUGUCACGCGUCAACAAGGUCAUCAUUGGCACACACAGUGUUCUGGCUAACGGUGGCCUGAGAGCUGCCUGCGGUGCUUAUACAGUAGCUCUAGCCGCUAAGCACUAUUCCGUGCCUGUGAUUGUCCUCGCGCCCAUGUACAAACUGUCGCCACUGCAUCUGUGCGAACAGGAUGCCUUCAAUAUGGUCGGCUGUGCCGAGGAUGUGAUCCCAUACGAUUCAAUACCGGCCCGCGAGGCCAAGGUCUACAGUCCCAUGUUCGACUAUGUGCCACCUGAGUUGGUCACGUUAUUCAUAUCCAAUACCGGUGGCCACGCCCCAUCGUACGUGUAUCGUCUGCUCACGGAACUGUAUCAUCACGAGGACUUGGAGAUUUGAAAUCGUUUUACACUCUGUUUGCCACACACACUCGACCAAUAAAGGACACCCCUA